AUGCGGAUGAAGGCCCUAGUGGCGAAGGCCCACAGCAUAUGCAUGCCUCGAGAAGCAGUUGUUGAUGAUGUAUUUACUGAUGCCGAGGGUUUUCCAGGCGGGUCCCAUGACACAUCAGUUUUGAUGUACUAUGUUUAUCAUGUGGCAACAAAAGAACGUCCUAAGCUAAAGUUAUCCUCCCAUGGAAGGAAGGUUGAUAAAUUUGGCAUGCCUGCUCCAAAGAUUGAAGGCUUAGUGGAGAGGUGGCAUAAGGAAACUACUAGUUUCCAUCUUCUUGUAGGAGAGGUGAUUAUCACCCUCGACGAUGUGGCAUCGUUGCUACAUCUUCCGAUUACAGGGGCCUUCCACAACUUCGAGGCUCUGCAUGUGGACAAAGUUGUCUUGCUAUUAGUUGAAUUACUUGAAUGUUGGAUCUAUGAACACUUUCCUUUUGUUGCUUAUUCUAUUGCUGUCAAAGAUUACCAUGAAAGGAAACCACCUGUCUGUCGUUGGAAGUCUGGGAAGGCAUUACCAGUUUCGACAUAUCACAAGCGUUUGGAUAGAUUGAUGUCUAAUGUUACGUGUUGGAUUCCCUAUGGUGACCACCGUGCAUUCAGAGAGUUUGAGAUUAUCUCUUUAUUUUCCAGACAUAUCAGAUGGGGUCCAUCUAUUAUCAUACAUCGACCAGAGAGGGUUGUACGACAAUUUGGGUAUGUGCAGACCAUUCCUCCACACCCUGUUGCUUCUUCUCUAUGUAUUGAAGACAUCGAUGAUAGAUGGAUUUAG